AUGUCGACUUCAAAGCAGAAUUCUGCUAAACCAAGCGCGAGCAUUCCUUCGUCUCCUGCAUCCAGCAAGAAGAGCCGCGUGCAGAAAUCAGAUGGAGUUAAGGUUGCUCGAAAGCAUGGGGAUGGAGACACAGACGGCGACCACGCUCCGACAACGGCGGAAGUCAUCAGUCAGCAGAUUCUUGAAGAUGUGAUCCAGACUGGUGCUGCACUGCUUUAUCGGAGGCUUAUUGAUCGAAGGUGCUUCUCCUGUGCUGCAUAUUUCACUUGGAAAGUGGUGAUGUCGAACGUAAAAAUGUGUUGUAUGGAGUUCGAUCCAGGCGACAAAGAUCUUGAUGCUUCAUCGUGGUCAUGCGGGGAAAUGCCAGAGCCUUCCCCUCUCGACACCUGGGCUCCGGGAAGCCUAGUUUUGAAGGCAUUACCAUCUUCGACUGUUCCGGUCCAGAUCCCAAAACGGAGAGCAAGAACAGACCAGAAUACUGUUCGAAAAACCGAAGCUUACCAGGCCUCUAGACAUCAUUCUCCUUAG